AUGAAAAUCUACACAAGCACUGCCCUGGCGAUCAUUUCGCUGGCGUCAGCCAAAGCUGCCGUAGUGCCUACUCCUACAGAAGAGCCAUGUGCACAAGUGAGCGCAGCAUGGGCUACACAGGACCCUUCAACUGCUACUGUUCCCGCGGAGCUGGCCUAUGCCUGUCUACGCUCUGUCCCUUUCAACAAAGCUCGUGGCGUUGCCAUUGCAGAUAGCCUGGUCCCUUACCUCGAGUGGCAAACGGAUACCGAAUAUCUCAAAGACUCUCCCAAGGGCUAUGAUCGCCCUGCCUAUGACAUGUUCGCUGCCCUUAAGGAUAUACGUGCCAAAGCCGCCUCUAAGUCCUAUGCCAGCGAGUACGACUUCCAAAAGGACAUCCAACAGCGAGUCUUCUUGCCAGCGGCUGAUGGCCACAUGAGGUAUUCGCCAGAUUCCAUGAAUGCCUUCCGGUUUGCUUUUCCUCGAGGGGUCGUCUCGUACAGUGAUGACGGGAAGUCUCUGCCUGUUAUAAAACUCUCCGAUCACUACAAAAAGUCAACGGGUACCGCAUCCAUUCUAAAAUCGAUUAAUGGAAAGGCAGCAUCGCAAUUUUUGGUAGAUCUUGCUACAAGUGCCACUGGUGGUCAUGUCAACGAUACCGCGUAUAAUACCAUGUUUGAUACGCCCGUUGGCAGAGGCUUCUUUGGUGCUAGCGGACCUCUGGGGCCCUUUGCACAGUUUAGCAGCUUCUAUCAGGGAAAAGAGACGACUUUUGGAUUUGCCAACGGUACGACUCUCACGCUAGAAAACACUGCCCGAGUGCAAGCGAACAUGACCGGUGUCGUUGAUGGUCAAACCUUUUACGACGCUUUCUGCGUACCUUCUAAAUCGGGUAAACCUCAGAAUGCUGGACCGACAUCUCCCAAUCCACCCAAAGCGGCAUAUUCCAACCCUAUCGUUCGCUCUAGCGACAAUACCGUCAGCGGUUACUUCUUGCAAGGCGAGGGAGUGGAUAACGUUGCCGUGCUUGUCUUGCUAGACUUUGACCCUGAGGAUAUCCCCGAGUACCAAAACACUAUCCAGGACUUUUUGAAGCGAUCCAAAAGCGCCGACAAGACCAAGGUAGUCAUUGACCUGCAGAGUAACAGUGGUGGUAUCGUCCCCCUUGGCUACGAGCUGUUCCGACAGUUCUUCCCACACACGCAACAGGACGGCUUCACGCGCUGGAAGGCAAGUAAUCUCUUUCUUGAUCUCGCGCGGGUUUAUACCGACUACUUUGCCGACUUUGAUCCGUACGCGCCGGAUGUCGAUCCGGACAAGCUCGACCGAUACCAGUCCCAAUACAACGUGCGUUUCGACGUCAACAGCACGUUCCAGCCAUUCACGUCCUACGACGACAAGUUUCGUCCGCACAUGUUCAAGAACACCCGUUAUACCAAUUUAAUGACGUACGACUUGAACGAUCCGACUGUCAAGUCCGGUCUUGGUAUCGACAUCACCGGCUACCAGUCGCGAGCCAAUGCUACAAAGUACUAUGACGCUGAUGACCUCGUCGUUCUCUAUAAUGGGUACUGCGCAUCCACGUGCGCCGUAGCGGCAGAAAUGUUGCGCGUUAACGGCGGCGUAAAGUCCGUCGUGCUGGGCGGUCUGCCUCGCAGCGGACCUCAGCAAGGUGUUGGCGGAACCAGGGGAGCCCAGGUCUCAUAUUUCAGCACCAUCUAUUCGGACGCGCGGUACGCGAUGAAUGUGACAACAGACAAGGCAAUUAAGUCGCGUCUUUCCAAGUUGGCCCAUAUGGCACAGUUCCGCGUCAGCGGGCAGGUCAAUGGCCGAGACCAGAUCCUCCGGGGCAACGUUGAUGACGGUAUGCCUGCGCAGUUUGGGACGGAGUAUUCGGACUGCCGGCUCUACUAUACUAAGCCAAUGCUGGAUGAUAUCACGGAGAUUUGGAAGGCUGCGGCUCGGUCCGCAUUCAACGGGGCCAAAUGCAACUAUGGGGGUAUCCGGCGAACAUAG